CCUCAAUUAUCUCGCCCAAUUCCUCCCUCCCUUACUAAAAAAAAAAAAAAAACAAUCCCGUAAAAUUAAAUAAUUUCCCCAAAUUGGUAUUCUCAAGCUAUCCCGCAUUCCUUCUCCGGAAAAACAUUUCCCAAUUUGAUUUCCACAGAAAACCAUACACCGCCUUCCUCUUCUUCUAUAAUACCCUUGUUCGUCGACCAAAGUUAUAUGAACUUAAACAAUGGCUUUCACUUCUAGCGACGACACCUUCUACUCUUUGAAGGCGGAAAAGGCCGACGCCAUAAGAAAGUUUCACCAGCAGCAGAACCUCUUCUACUUCGGCCGGCUGCUCGCCGCCUCACUUCUCCUCCUCUGGUCCUUCAAAACGCUGCCGUUUCUCACGCAGAUGGCCUCCGCCUACGUCUCCGUCUUCGGCCAGCAGCUCUGCGCCUUCCUCGUCGCCAACGCCAUCGUCGUCUUCGUCUACCACUUCUCCACCGCCGCAGCCAACAACACCAUCGCCGCCGCCGUCGCCGUCAAUUCACCAUCUUCGCCCUCUCCUUCCUCCUUCCGCUCCGAUGUAUGCGACGAGUACGUCUCGCUUUCGUCGGAAAGCCGGCGCCGGCCGGCUCUCGACGGCGACGUAGUUGACGAGCUUCCACCGCCGGUGGAGAUUUUGCCCCCGCCGGAGGAUCACGCUGCCGCCGGUAGCGAUCUCGCCUUGACGGAAGCGGCGGCCGCGGGGGACGGGAGUACGGAGAGGCGGCACCGGAGGACGAGAUCGGUGGUGGUUGCGUCAACGACGGCGACCGAAGGUGGUGGCAAUACGGACCGUCACUAUAAAGCCUUCAAUGCUCAGAAUUGCGAGAAGAAGGAGCUGCGGCGGUCGGAGACGGUGGUGGUGAAGGCGAGGACACCGGCCGCCGCCGCCUCCGCGGCGGCGCUGGGGAAGAGCUUGAGCUUCAACCAGGCGAGGAAGUCGAUCGAGGAGAUGAACAACGACGAGUUUAACAUGACGGUGGAGAGCUUCAUAGCGACGAAGAAGCGACUUUUGCGGGACGAGAACAUCGCGCUUUUCGAGACGGAUUACGACCGUCGCCACGUGUUCGCUGUCGCCGCCUGUCCGAGGUAAAUUUAAAGGCGGGGAAAGCGAAGAGGGAGGGAGGGAGGUCGGUCGUCUAAUGAGCUUCCGCCGAUGAUAGUGAUGAAUGAUGAUGAUCAGUAAUUAUUAUCAUUACUAUUAUUAUUAUUAUUAUUGUUAAUGAUUAAUUAGGGAUUUGGGAGUAUUAAUUUCGUUUUUCGGAGAGUUGAGGAGGAUGAGGUUAUUAGCUAUGUAAAAAGACUAAAACAGAGACAUUCAGAGAGUUCCUCUUUUAUGGAACGGGAGAAUGGGAAGCGAUGAGAUGAGAUGAGAGCCUAAUUUUAAUUAUGUUACAGUGUUAAUAAUGAUAAUAAAAAGGUUAUCCUUAAUUGUUAUUAUUAUUAAUUUUCAGUUUAAUUUUCAUUGCUCCGCAGUUCUGAUUUCUGAAACAUCUUCUUACCAAAAGCUCUGAAACGUCUAAUCCGGUGCCGUUUUGAUCCUUGUUCCCGACAAUUUACAGGCUUAAAUUCUGUUUCUUGUCUGUUGGGAGACUUGGAGUUGGGGUUGACUUCCUAUUUCUUUUCUUUUCUUCUCUUGUUUUUCCUUUUCCACAAUGAUAAAUACACGAUUAAUUUAAGA